AUGGGGGCGCUGCUGGCGCUCUGGCUCCUCCUGGGCUGGCUGCGCUGGAGCCCGGCGGGCGCCCAGCAGUCCGGAGAAUACUGCCACGGCUGGGUGGACGUGCAGGGCAACUACCACGAGGGCUUCCAGUGCCCGGAGGACUUCGACACGCUGGACGCCACCAUCUGCUGCGGCUCCUGCGCGCUGCGCUACUGCUGCGCGGCGGCCGACGCCAGGCUGGAGCAGGGAAGCUGCACCAACGACCGCGGCGAGCUGGAGCACCCAGGCAUCGCCGCGCAGCCCGUCUAUGUUCCCUUCCUCAUCGUUGGCUCCAUCUUCAUUGCCUUCAUCAUCCUGGGCUCCUUAGUGGCUAUUUAUUGCUGCACCUGCUUGAGACCCAAGGAGCCCUCACAGCAGCCGAUCCGCUUCUCACUCCGCAGCUACCAGACAGAGACCCUGCCCAUGAUCUUGACUUCCACGAGCCUCAGGGCACCUUCCAGGCAGUCCAGCACAGCCACCAGCUCCAGCUCCACCGGGGGCUCCAUCCGCAGAUUCUCCUUUGCCAGAGCAGAGCCAGGCUGCCUGGUGCCCUCAUCGCCCCCACCUUACACCACAGGCCACCCAAUCCACCUGACGCAGCCAUCCGGUUUCCUGGUGUCACCCCAGUACUUCGCUUACCCACUCCAGCAGGAGCCCCCGCUGCCUGGGAAGAGCUGUCCGGACUUCAGUUCCAGUUGA